AUGUGGCUGAUUAGUACCGUCGAUUUGAGUCUCGUGUUUCAUUAUGAGUGCCCCGAAAUGCAGUACGCCAUUCUGUCACAUACAUGGGAAGAAGAUGAAGUCAGCUUCCAAGACUUCAAGGAUCUGGCUUCGGCACGGCUGAAAAAGGGUUUCUCCAAGAUAUACUGGACAGUAUACCUGGCGCGCCAACGGGGCUUGAAAUGGGCUUGGGUAGACACCUGUUGUAUAGACAAGUCUAGUAGCGCCGAGCUGUCUGAAGCAAUCAAUUCAAUGUAUAGGUGGUACCAAAAGUCAGCCAUUUGCUACGCCUUCCUCUCUGACUUGCCCUCGAAUGGCGAGCAACGACUUGAGGACUUUCAGAAGUGUCGUUGGUGGACUAGAGGCUGGACUCUGCAAGAACUCAUCGCACCAGGAGAAGUCAAUUUCUACGACCAAAACUGGGGAUACUACGGCAAAAGGACUGAUCUCCAAGAGAAAAUCAAGUCCUUUACUGGGAUUUCAUUAAUUGCCUAUCAGGGAAGGCUGAAUGAUUUGUCAGUAGCACAACGCAUGUCAUGGGUCUCUCGCAGAACGACUGCGCGAACCGAAGACAUGGCAUACUGUCUCCUUGGACUUUUUGACGUCAACAUGCCUAUGAUCUAUGGGGAGGGCGACAAGGCGUUUAUCAGAUUACAGGAAGAAAUCUGCAAGAACAGUUCUGAUCCCACAAUCUUUGCCUGGACAAUACAACCUUCUUUGAGAACAUACAAAGAGUCUCAAAAGCACUAUGGCCUACUUGCUUCCCACCCCGCUGAGUUUGCCGGCUGCGCAAACAUAUUUCACAACUUCACAACUCAGUGGAGCGAUGUCAAUUACAACAUAUCCAUUGGCGGCAGCAGGGAAAUCAUCUUUGACCGCUUAAGUCUACGAAUAGAUGAAGACUACGGACUUCUGGUGCACAUUGGAUUGGCUGAAUCAACUGAAUUUGGUACUUUUAGGAUUUUCGUUCCUGUUAAGAAAACGAUUGGACAUCAUGUCAGGUCGUUUCCCGAUCGUCUCAUAGGAAUUCCCGAAGAGGGGCAACCCAUCCCCCCUGGCCCUGAAAUCGACGAACCAUUUCUCAAGAUUUCGGUAAUCAAGGAUUACGAAUUCAGCCAUGCGCGAUUAUUGUACAUUUCUCGCUCGGCUGUGUCGUGUCCAAAGCGUCUCACAUACGAUGAUUCUGUGAGGAUCGACGAACUCCAUGAACAAGCUCUCCUCAUCAAAGUUGAUCCAAACAUGCAAAUAUCGGCUGCGUAUCCAGAAAACUUCUGGAUCCCAGACAAAAGAGCCUUUCUCGGUACGUAA